AUGAACACCUUGUUCAUCCUGUGGUCCGCGUACAGCGGCCAGCCCAACAUCGACACACCAGCCAUGAUCCCCUCCAGCACCGAGUUCCACCCGCAUGGCCCUGUGGUGGAGCACGUCCACCUGCGGUGCCCACCGCUUGCUGACGAGCCCGCGGCCGUCGGUUCACUCCACGAACCCCUCCGGCAGGAGCGCAUGGAGGUCCGGGUCGUCGUUGUUGACACUCUUGGGGUCUCGUACCACCGACCUCUCCAGCCCAAUGGCGAUCUCCCUGAUCUGCUCCUCCGAGUGGCUCACCUCAGCUAUGCACCCGAAGCAGAGGAACAUGACACUGCGGUCCGAUUGCCCGUCAUGCCACGCGAGGCAGCCGUGCCCCGAUGCCUCUGCUCGCUCGCCGGUCUUCUGGACCAGAGACCUGACAUAGUACAACGGAGCCAGCACCACGCCGGGCGGAAGAUGUCGUGGAUGCCUGAUGUAUCUUUUGGCCAGGUGUGA